AUGGCAGACGACCGGCCGACUGUGAUCGAGAACCGGGCAGAGGUGUUUGAAAAAUGGGCCAAGCAUUAUACGUAUUUGGAUGGAGACGUUGUUGAUUCGUUCGGACUCGGUCUUGCUAGCUCGCGAAAUGUCGCCGAAGGCACUACACUGGCCAAAGUGCCCGAAUCAUUGACCAUAAGUGAGCGAAUUAUUGACGAUUUGAGUUUACAGGACGAAAAGUUAGCCAAAUGGUUGAAUUUGCAGCCAGUGUCCGACCGCCAUCGCUUGCACCGGGCCCUGGUAUACUUGGCACUGAACACCCCUACUAAAUGGUUGGUUUAUUUCAAGUUGCUACCAACGAAUGGCGAUAUCAACCUGCCGUUCUCGUGGACAGACGAUAAUCUUCAACAAUUAAAAGGAUCUAGUAUCUACGAGCCCGUUGCCAGCAAGAAAUCAAUUGUCGAAGUGCAGUACUAUGAGUUCUGUGAGCUUGCGAAACCACUUCUUGAGGAUAUAGAAAUCCCAUUUUCUCUGUGGGUGCUAGCAUAUCAAUGGGUUUCGUCUCGCAGUCUCACAAAUCCUGAAAGUGGCCAGUCUAUUCUUGCCCCCAUUAUCGACCUCUGCAAUCAUAGCUCGCAUGCCAAUGUGAGAUACGACCUGCAGGGCACUGAUUUCGUACUUUUAGCGACUCGAGAUAUCGCCAAGGGCGAAGAACUAGUCUUGGACUAUGGGUCAAGAGGUAGCGGUGAGUUUCUUUUCAACUACGGAUUCAUUCCCGAAAAGCAGUUUGAAGAGAUCACCAGAAUCUACGAUCCAGACGACGAAGCCAUUAGGAGACUGCUGGAUCCGUCCCGAGAUCCGGACUGCCCCGACGACCUGAAGAAAGAAAUGGAAUUUGCGUACAAUCUGUUGACCCAGUUUCUGCCCCAGCCAAUGCAGGUUCUUAAACUGAACAGCAACGGUGAGUGGGCUGACGAGUUUAUCACCUUGGUGGCAUGUGAAGAUCUAGUUGAAUUGAAAACUGUCGACGGCCAGUACUCUCUGUACAUCCGCGAUACAGAACUUGUCCCCGGCCAAAUCGCAGAGCAAACCAAACAAUUUUCCGAAGUCGCGUAUCGGGCCAAGAUUCUCGUUGCCCAGCUCGCGCACCACUUUGCAUCCAAGCUUGCAGAAGAAAAAUCAGACAGUGUGCUGCCGGUUGUCAAGCAGCUUCACGACGCAGAAGCCAAGCUUUACCAACAGUUCAUUGAUGCGGCUAAAGAUUUAGCGUAG